GCUCUGGUUAUUGGGUUGGGAGCCUUGGUUUGGUCCCCCAACUCUCCUUAUAGUGGUUGAUAUUGAACAUCAUUUUGCUUCGCUUCCGGAAUCUGCACUUACUUGUGGUAAUUCUGAAAUACCAGGAAAGUUCUUGAGAGUCAGGGAGGACGGGUCAUCCUUGUGUGUGAAUUUGUCGUGCGAACAUUAAUAUUUAGUAAAUUUAUUCAAGUGUAACUGUUUCUGUAAAUAUUGUUUCGGAUGGACUAUAACCUAUUUUGCCAAAACCAGUUUAGGAUUGAUUUUGCCCUUUCUUUUGAAAUUGCUCUAAUUCCGACCGUAAUGAAGUGACUAUAUAGCUCUUCAGAUUGCUCCUGUAACGCAUUGCACUCUCCCAAAGCAUGAUGAAGUCACAGAUCUCUGUGGUAUCAUGACAACGUCUCAAUGUGUCUCGCCAGGUUGAAAACAGCACUCAGGAAGGAAAACCUGUUGAGAUUAAAUGUCCAACAAGCACUAGAUCGAAAGAUGGGAAAGUAUGAAUACAUCAAAAUUCUUUCGCAAGUGCUGAUCAUUUGCCUUAUCAGUUCACUAGUUAUUUUCUGCUGCGUGAUUGCAACGGAGAAUGAGAAGCCAACUGCGAUGUCAGACGUCGAGCGUGAAAGUUUGAAGGAGGAAGCUAGAGACAUGUUUUACCAUGCCUACCGAGCGUAUAUGGACAAUGCUUAUCCUGCCGAUGAAUUAAUGCCCUUAAGCUGUCAGGGAAGGUAUCGAGGAGUCCAACCUAGCAGAGGAGAUAUAGAUGACACUUUGGGAAAUUAUUCUUUAACAUUGAUUGAUACUUUGGAUACCCUUGCUGUAUUAGGAGACCUAGAAGAAUUUGAACAUGCUGUUCAGCUCAUCAUCCAAGAUGUGUCUUUUGACAAGGACAUUGUUGUUUCUGUUUUUGAAACAAACAUCCGUGUUUUGGGGGGACUUCUCUCAGGUCAUGUUCUCUCAGAGUACUUACAACAUAAAGCAGGGGUUAUGCUGUGGUAUAGGGGUGAAUUAUUGGAAAUGGCCAGAGACCUUGGUUACCGACUUCUACCAGCGUUCAAUACCACAACAGGCAUCCCUCAUUCCAGGAUCAACCUACGACAUGGAUUGAAAUCAAAACAGCUGGAAUGGUCUAAGGAGACAUGCACAGCAUGUGCGGGAACUAUGGUGUUGGAAAUGGCUGCACUAUCCCGUCUCAGUGGUGAUCCAAUUUUUGAAGAAAAAGCCCACCGAGCAAUGGAUGAACUUUGGAGACUUCGCCACCGGGGCUCUGAUUUAAUGGGGACAGUCUUGAAUGUCCACUCAGGUGAUUGGGUCCGUAGAGACUCUGGUGUUGGUGCUGGUAUCGACUCUUACUAUGAAUAUUGCUUGAAGGCAUAUAUUCUCCUUGGAGAUGACCGAUACCUGAACCGUUUCAAUAGGCACUACUCAGCAGUGAUGAAGUACAUAAGUCAAGGGCCAAUGCUGUUGGACGUUCACAUGCACAGACCACACACAAACUCACGUAACUUCAUGGAUGCACUCCUAGCUUUCUGGCCUGGGCUCCAAGUUUUAAAUGGAGACCUGAAACCAGCAAUUGAGACCCAUGAAAUGUUGUAUCAGGUCAUGCAGAGGCACAAUUUCAUUCCUGAGGCUUUCACCACAGACUUUCAGGUGCAUUGGGGACAGCAUCCACUACGACCUGAAUUUCUGGAAUCAACAUACUUUUUGUAUAGAGCCACAGAAGAUCCGCACUACCUACAAGUUGGCAAAAAUGUUCUUCAAUCGCUUCAAAAGUUUGCCCGAGUACCUUGUGGUUAUGCCACUGUCAAAGAUGUGAGAACCGGUCUCCAUGAAGAUGGGAUGGAUUCGUUCGUACUGGCAGAAACAUUCAAGUACUUGUUCCUCCUCUUUGCCUCUCCAGAUGAUCUAGUAGUCAACCUCGAUGAGUUUAUCUUCACAACAGAAGCUCAUCUUCUCCCACUUACUCUAGCUCACUCGCGCACCAAUUUCACCGUUUUUCCCAUGCAAGAUCAAGAAGAUGAAGAGAUAGGAGAGCUUGCGCAAUCAUGCCCUUCUUCUCUCCACCUUUUUCCAGAAUCAGUGCGCAAGCCACUCAAGAACAUGGUUGAUGGAGUAUGUCCACGUCAUACAACGCAGCGCAAGCUUCUUGCAUCUCAAUUUCAGUCAAACAAUGUUGAACAUAUGCGAUUGGUCAAGAACAUGGGUAUAACUGUCACAACACUUGCUGAUGGAAGAAUUCAACUCAUGCACGCUUUUGAUAAUGCUGUAAGUGUAGCAGAGGCAACAGAAGGCUUACUCUUUCUGCAAGAAAUGAUGGAACUGUCAAAAAAUCAAGCUGCAGAAAAUCUUCCUCAAUCUGUGUCGUUUACCUCCACAACAGAUCCCUCUAAAACUGUUGUUCUAACAGCAGGUCCUGCUCAUUUUGGACGACAGUUACGAGGAGAUGACAAGGUGACAGCUCGUUUGGGUGUUGCUUACCCUUUAACAGCGUGUAAGCCACUUCUUAAUCCCGAUCGGCUCAACGGAGUGAUAGCCAUUGUUGAACGCGGUGAAUGCAUGUUUGUCGAGAAAGCAAGACGGCUAGAGGCUGCAGGAGCAGUGGGAGUUAUUGUUAUAGACAACAUGAGUGCAGUAAUUUCAAAUACUGGCGGCUCUUCUACAAUUUUCGCUAUGUCAGGGGAUGGGACAGAUGAUAUCCAUAUUCCAGCUGUGUUCCUGAUUUGGCAAGAGGCCUCAACGUUAAUUAAGCAUGCCAUUAAACACCCAUUAAUGCAAGUUACCCUUGGGGAUCACAAACCAGAAGAAGCUAAGCAGAGUAAUAAGUUAGACUUAAAUACACUAGAUAAAAUUAAAGAAGCUGUUCAAGAUUUCUGGUACAAAGACAGAAGUUCGGAAACUGAUGCUGAAACAGCUAAACUCUCGGACCCAAAAAGGAAAGACUCCUCAGAAUCAAGUGAUAAAGAGUCAGAAUACCCUCUCAUGAAGCUGAUCUAUGAAUUCCUAGCCACAAACCAGGCAUCGACAAAGCAGCCUGAAGAGAAAAUUGAUCGAUCGCUGAACACAGAUGAGCUGAUCCAAGUCUUUGAAAGUCCCCACAUGGAGACAAUUGAAAGAAAGGAAAAAGAGGAAAAAGAAAAAAGUAAAAAGGAGGAAAAAGAGGAAAAAGAUGUGAGCACAAGUAGUCGUGCAAGCCUCAAAUUUCUCGAUGAGUUAUAGUGAUCUCUGUGAAACGCAUCGAAGUCAGUCAUGUCAGUCAAAUGCAAAAUUGUGAGUAGGCAAGUGCCUUUACUAGACUGAAGGCUUAGCAAAUCUUUUGUGAGAUCCAACAUACAUAAAUGGGUAAGUUCUAUGUGGGUCCUUAAUGCUGUAAGUAAACUAGGCUGUGAAUAGAGCCCGAAGUAGGCUCAAAAUUUUUAAAUCUAUUCGGACCACUCAAAAACUAUCUCAUUCACUUCUUAGUCAACCUUGUGAUUCGACCCUUUUCUCAGUAGUUGAAAUGCGGAACAUUUCAGAAAGACAGCAAUAUUGGCUCAGCAAAAAUUCACUCCAAAAUUAUUGAAGAUAGCUUCUGCCUUUCUAAUAAUCAAAACUCUUCCUGCUUAUUCCAUUUUGUAGAUAUGAACAUGAUGCAUAAUCUCAACAGGGGUAAAUUUGCAUUUUGGCAUAUUAAAUGUCUCUUCAAAGUUUUUGUCUGUCUGACCCUAUAGUUGUAAGAUUUUAACCAAAGCUUAGCAUUGCCUAAAUGAUUUCUUAUCAUUUCGUAUGGAAUUUCAGUUUUCAUCAAGCUUAUUCUCAGAUCAGUAGAAUUGACACCCAUUCCCCUGAAAGAGAUUUCUGAACGUCAAAUGGUGAAGUAUUUCAACCUACUCUCAUCAACUUGACCUGUUACAUGAGUGGUUAAAACGAAUGGCUUAUGAUAAUAAAUUAUAUUACUGUCGUAACGUACCGACAAGAGAAAUAAGAAUGUGGCUGAAAAUAAAUUGAAGUCAACUAAUUAUUUGGAAUCGGUAUCUUGUAAUUCGCACUCUUAAAACGUCUACAAGUGUUAUUACAUAGCUCACAUUGGUUUCACAUUUUAACGUCAAUUUCUAGAAUAAUCUCAAAACUCGCAAGGUCAGACAGAAAGGAGAACAGGUUCCCUCCUUAAAAGUAGAAACACAUUUAGUCAGAACAACUCGGCAAUCAAAUAAUUACGUUUUGAGCAUUUAUCGUUUCAGAGUUUUGUAGAACUCCGAACGCAUAAUUGUAUCAGACCUGAAUGUGCUAUGCGCGACACUUUUUAAUGGAAAGCUUUGUAAGUCACCAUAAUCAUUGCCUUUCCCCUUGCCUGAGCUCAAGCCUCUGGACCCUGCCAAAAAAAUUUGGGGUCCCAGUCAGGGCUCUAAGCAUAAAUUGGACAACAUUUUGCAAUUUGGAACUACAAUUUCUGGCUCAGUUAAGAAACAACGUAUGUACCAUUAGUUUCCUAAUUUACAUAAGUGUUUUCAAGGAUGAGCCAGAAACUGUAGUUUCUAAUUGUGAAAAGAAUUGCAAUUGAUGAUAGGGUGCAAGUCUUGGUCCAGGCAAUGGGUAUAGACGACGGUUUUGGACUUUUUCCAAGAGGAGUUCAAUUGGGCAACAUUUUGCAAUUAAAAACUACAAUUUCUGGCUCAAUUUCAGAGCAAUGUAUGUACUGUUAGUUUUCCUAUGCAGAAAAGUGUUUUUACGGAUGAACCAGAAAUUACAGUCCCUAAUUGCAAAAUGCAGUCCAGUUGAGAAGUGAAGACGGAAGAGGGCGUCUUACCUGUGAUUUCCGGAGAACAGUUCAGCAUCACUUUGCAGAAGUAAAAUUUUAUUUACGUGUUUAUUGUUGAGUCUCAGCUGGGUCAGGCGAAGCAUUAAUCUGAGCGCCUUGACAAAGUAAGUUAUGCCCACAAAAACUAUUGUUUUCUUUGUCAGAGACUAGAGAUUCCUUUUGAUCACAUUCUUGCAGCCCCUAUUUGUUUUAAAUCUUAUUUCCAAAAAUGGGAAUAGUUUUUGUUUCAAACAAACAAAACCACGUACUGAAAAUUCUAGCCAAGAUGUUUUAGGUAUUUUAAAAUACUGCUUUGAUAUUGGAUUUUGUGAUGUACUUCCGUGACUUCUCAAAGUAUUCUUAAAGUGAGAUUGAUUGCUCAUCAUUUGCUAUGAGCUUAGUUUUUGAAGUUUUCAGAUUUUUCCUUCUCUUAUUUCUCUUUAUUCACGAUGUCAACAGUUUCUCACUGUUCCAAAAGCAUGUCUGACACUCUUCCUGCCUUUCUUUUCAUUUGUCACAAACAAUCAUAAAUUAUUAUUUUUUUAGAGCAUUAUCUAAUCUGAUGAAGAAAUCUUGCAUUCCAUGAAGAAAUAUAUAAUGGUAUGUUUUCUGCAUAUUUAUUUAUGCCUCUGCUCUAAAAAAAAAAAAAAAAAACGGGUGAUUGAUUCACCAAAAGAAACUUGCAUGAUUUUCAUUCAAUUCUACCAAAUUCAAUCAUAUUAAUUCUUGAAACAAAAACAUGUCAUAAUGUUCCAAGACGGGUUUCAGAAAUUUAUUAUUUAUCCUGUGAAGUAUCAUUCUUUUUUUUUCUUUUAAAGGAAUAGUCCAAUGUAAUCCUCAUACGUUUUGGAAACAAUAAUCACCUUUCAAGGCAAAUUAUUGUCGGGGUUAUUUUUAGCUCGAUUUUUGGUCACUUGGACCACUUUUUGCAAUAGGGAACCACUUUUUCUGGCUCAUUAAUGAAAACUCCUAACUGCACCUAUUGCUGGCCACUAAUCUGAUCACAAUUUCUGGCUCACCGAUAAAAGCACCUAUCUACAGAGGGAAAGUAAUGACAUAAAUGAUGUCUUUAGGACGAGCCAGAAAUGGUGGCUCCGAAUUGCAAAA